AUGGACGAACCUCCCUCUGACAAAAUGAGCUCCAAAUGCGAUGAUGACGGUCCUGGUAGCACUCCUGAGAACAGUCAGGUCAAUGAGCGGACCUUACAUCGUUACCUCAACAUCAGCAAACCUGCAGCUGUAAACUCUGGUACUUUUCCUGGCUAA